AUGGUUGCUGGAUAUGUUCUUCUCUCAGGUUCUUCUUGUGAUUUGGAGCCUUGUGAGGCUAGUAAUCCUUGUGAGAGUGGAGCUGUGUGUGGAGAGACAAUGGAUCUGGAAAUGUCUCCUCUUGGGUACCAGUGUCCAUGUGGGAAAGGCUUUGCAGGUCCACACUGUGAGAUCAAUGUCAAUGAGUGCAGUUCCAGCCCUUGCCUGCACGGUUAUUGCUAUGACAUGAUUAAUGGCUUCUCCUGCUUAUGCAAACCGGGUUUUGCUGGCCUGAGAUGUGAACAGGACACUGAUGACUGCAUCUUGAAUGCCUGUGAGCACAAUUCUACCUGCAAAGAUCUGCAUCUCAGUUACCAGUGUGUGUGCUUAGCUGGUUGGGAAGGAAGUUUUUGUGAAGAAUCCAAUGACUGCAAAAUGAAUCCUUGUAAGAAUAAUUCCACCUGUACUGACCUUUACAAUAGCUAUCGCUGUGAGUGUACACCUGGAUGGACUGGACAAAACUGUAGUGAAGAAAUAAAUGAAUGUGACUCUGACCCAUGCAUGAAUGGAGCUCUGUGUCAUGAGUCUUCCAUUCCUGGGCACUUUGUAUGCCUGUGCCCACCCUUUUAUACUGGAAAAUUUUGCCAUCAACACUAUAACCCCUGUGAUCCACUCAGUGACCCUUGCAGAAACAACUCAACAUGCUUGACUUUGGUUGAUGGAAAUCAUUAUUGUGUGUGUAGAGAAGGAUUUGAGGGUGAACAUUGUGAAAUUAAUGUGAAUGAGUGCUUCUCUCUUCCCUGCCAGAAUUAUGGUGACUGCGAAGAUGGAGUCAACAAUUUCAGAUGUAUUUGCAGACCUGGGUUUUCUGGACCUCUCUGUGAUCUUGAUACAAAUGAGUGUUCUUCUAGACCUUGCAAAAAUAAUGGAACCUGCGUGGAUCUGUCGAACAGAAUUAUGUGCAUUUGUGAGCCAGGUUACCAUGGAUCUCUCUGUGAAUUGGAUAUGAAUGAAUGUGAAAUCUCACCUUGUCUAGAUGGAGAAGAUUGUGUCAGCGGAACUGGUGGAUACAACUGCCUCUGUGCUCCUGGUUAUACAGGCAUCAAUUGUAAUGAAGUAAAUAUAGAUGAAGGUCUAUCAAAGCCCUGUCUCCAUUGUGGAGCUGGCACUGAUGGCAUCAAUCAUUGUACCUGUGACUGCAAGAGUAGCUUUUCUGGAACACACUGUGAAGCAAAUGCAAAUGAUUGCCUCUCAAAUCCUUGUCUACAUGGAAGAUGCAUAGAUCUCAUUAUUGAAUAUCAAUGUUCAUGUGUUACAGAAUGGACUAGCUCAAGAUGUGAGAUCAAGAUUAAUAACUGUACAUCAACCCCUUCUAUAAAUGAAGACUUCUGUCAGAAAUCAGUCGAUGACUUUACUUGCAUUUGCCUGAGUGGAUACAUUCGUGCAUAUUGUGAAAUACAUAUUGAUGGUUGUGCUGAGCCUGGACUGAAUUUGGUCCUCUGUCUUAAUGGAAGUAUUUGUGUUGAUGGACCUGGACACAUGUUUUACUGCAGGUCAGUAUUUAUUUAA